CUACAAAACUGAAAGAAACAGGGUUCGUCAACAACAGACUUUUCGCUUUGGACAAAGUGAUCCGGAGAACGGAAGAAUAUAGCUGUUGAAUCUGUAAUGAAGAUAACGUUUAGGAUUGUACUGGCAAAUGCACGGACUACAACUGCAAAAUUAAUAAUUAUGCUUGUAACCGAACUCUGGUUAUAAUAAAGAUCUCGGCCGCCCAAACCUCCAUCAAAAUAGUGCGAAGAGAUCAACAAUCUUCGGCGAGUCAAUGGACAAGCUACAUCAAUCGGUACGUGAGUCCAUGACCGUGCAUGUGGCGGGUCAGAACCUUAGUGAUGUGGCAGACGCCUGGUCCACGUUCUAUCGGUGGUGUGGAGAGGAUGACUAUACAGCAUUCUCUGUUAGUGGAAUACUGCCGUUCCUUGUCUUCUGGUUACUGAACGCAUUCCUGGCAACCCUUGAGGCGACUGCGGCACCAAGUCAGCUACUCAAGUACAAGAUCCAGUCAACGAAACCAGUACCCAUUCCUGCGGAUCGCCUCAAGAAAUGUGUGGCUGUUGCUGUGUUCAAUCUAACGGUCAUGGGGUUUAUCGGGAACCUAGUGUUCUACCCUCUCCUGCUAUGGCGCGGCUGUAGUGCUGGCUAUCAGCUACCUGCAGUAUCCACAGGGCUGAUCCACUUGCUAGUAUUCCUAUUGGCUCAAGAGGUGUUCUUUUACUACACACACAGGUUGCUGCACAUUCCUUACCUGUACCAGCGCAUUCACAAGAUGCAUCAUGAGUUUCAAGCGCCCAUCGGACUGUCCAGCAUGUAUGUACAUCCCAUUGAGUUCUUCCUGUCCGGUUCUUUGCCAACUCUGGCUGGACCAAUGCUGAUGGGCUCACACCUGUCAGUCAUCGUGAUUUGGGAAAUCUGGGCGUUGAUCUACACGACAAUGGAUCACUGUGGAUUUCACUUCCCAUUCGUCUUCUCCAACGAACGCCAUGAUUACCAUCAUGCCAUGUUUGUCGGGAACUAUGGAUUCGUUGGGUUCAUGGACUGGAUCCACGGCACCGAUCUAGUAUUCCGCAAGAGCAUUCAGUACGAACGGCACUUUGUCCUCACAUCUCUGCACAGUGCACGUGAUCUGAUACCAGACACUAAUGGUGGCAAUGAAAAGAAUGAAUAGGCUGGAGGAUGCCGCAUGAUAUAGGACCAAUAGGAAGACUGCAAGUAGAAGUAGUAUAAUGGAACAGAAUGAUGCACGUGUUGUCACUGGCACAUUGUCUUUGUGCUGGCCUCGUUCUAGAUUAGUAUGAUUGUAAAGAAUGGCCUGGAAGAUCUUGCUACUUCGAAGUACAUUACACAAUGUCUCAGUAGCGGUCUACCCUAUUAUCAUUAUCACAAUAUCGUAGCUAGAUAAUGAUAGAGUAGGUUGCUAAAAUUACUUCCAGUUUACACAUGUGCGUGCGCACACACACACACACACACACACAUUCUCUCUCUCUCUCUCUCUCUCUCUCUCUCCCUCCCUCCCUCCCUCCCUCCCUCUCUUUCUCUCUCUCUCUUGUAGAGGUCUCAGUCCUCAUUUGUUAGACUUACCUGUCUUUAUAAAUGUAACUUACUUUCUCUCUCUCUCUCUCUCUCUCUCUCUCUCUCUCUCUCUCUCUCUCUCUCUCUCUCUCUCUCUCUCUCUCUCUCUCUCUCUCUCUCUCUCUCUCUCUCUCUCUCUCUGGGAUGUUUUCUAGUGGACACAGCAUCCCUCCACUCCCUUCAAAGGGAAGAAGAGCGUGCAGUAUUAAUUUUGUCAAGAGACCUGCCAAUUGUACAAGGAUAUAUUUACUACAUUAUGGAGGCAGGUACUCCUAUUAGAUUUCAUCAUACACCGCAGUAGACCUUGAGCUAGAACUAUCGCAAGUUGACUUGAUA